AGGAGGGUGGAGAGGUGAACAACAGAUUUCUUGGAGACUUCACGCUCGUGGGAAAGUUUGCUCUAGACAGCAGCGUGCCCACAGUCACAGAAGAGAACUCGGUAUCUGGGCAAGAGGCAGGUGACUGGUUUAAGGGGGAAGCAGAUGGGGUGAAAUCAUUGUCUAUGUCACAGUGAAAUGGAGUGAGAAAUGGGAGAAAUGGUCGGGAAGCAUGUCAGGGCCCGUGCGAGAAUAACGAUGAAUUUCAAGUGAGACCAUGGGUGUGUUCCCCCCCACACACACAUUCAGGUGCACCGGUGCUGGUGUGGGAAAGGUGAGGAGGUGGGUUGUGCUUUAUGCCAAGUGAUUGCAAGGGAGCAAAGAGGGGGCAGAGGAGGUGAGGAUAUGUGUCAGUGUGAUCACAGGGCUGUAGGCAUUUGACCUUGCAUAGCACAUUAUAAAUCAGAGUCAGAGAUUUUUUUAAUAUGUGUGCUUCAUUUAAUAUGUUACAGACCAUAUCCAUUCAUUCAUUCACAAUGAACAUUAUCCUUCCUGUAGUUAUUCAGAACUGAGGAACACCCAGUCUUUGGGCAAACGUGCCUACAAAAAGAUAGCAUUGUUCACCUAUUGGCGAGAGUGGGUUUUGGAGCCUGUGAGAUCUGGGUUUUCAUUGCAGCCCUAGAGCAAGCAAAUCAGAUGGCCUAGGACAAGUUUCUUAACCUCCAAGUUUCUUCUCUCUACACGGGAUAGAAAUACUUACCUCACACAGUGCACGUGGAAAGCACAAAGCACGCUGAUGGGCGCCCAGUGGGCUCGUGAGCUGUUGUUAGUCCGAGCGCCACAUUUUAACAACUUCGGUCUGAGGUCCAAAUGUGUCUUUCCACAGAAGACAUGGACAGAACAUGCUGUGACACAUGGUUCCUGCCUGUCUGGGUCCAAUUUCUGCACUAACUCAGUGCAUGUGGCAUGACCUUCAGCGAGUGAAUCAUUUGUUCUGUGCUGGUCUGUCCAACAGAAUCAUAACCACUCAAUUUCUCCCUGAGGCUCAGCUGUGCAGGGCGUGCAGGAGGCGGGGAGAGCUCACAGCCCCCGCCCCAAGGCCAGCCGUGCGGGAGACGCCAUGCGGGGAGGCUGGGAGUCCUCGUGUCCCUGGUCACACUGCAUGGCCCUCCUGGCACAAUCACAUCCUGAAGAAAUCGCUGAAGACUGGCUGGGUGGGGAGCACUGAGUGGAGAAGAAAGAAACAAACUGGCCCAGUUUUACACUAAAAAAGUACACAAAGUCAGUGAUUGUGACAAAACUGUGCCAGCAGUCUUCUUGCCCGAAGCUCGAUGCUCAGUGGUGCAGAGGUGGGCACGGGUCCUCCUGCCAGUCCCUGGUCUCCCCAGCCUGCCCCCUCUCUCUCCUCCCUCAGAGGAGAAGUCCCUGCCGAUGGCAGCUGGGGAAGCACUCAGGUCUCCUCCUCUCAGCCCUGCAAAGACUGCGCUGCCCCAAAGCUGACAGUGAGGAGGAGUCGAACCUAAAAUGACCUCCAUAAAUUUGGGAGAUGGGACGGAAGGGAAAGGAAGCAAACCCAGCAAAGCAUGCAUGGGAGAGUCUCCAGGGAUGUUGUGUUCUGUUGUUGCCUUUCUUUCUUUCUUUUUUUCUUUAAUAGCUGGGUUUUUUAGAAAUCAUUCCAAAAUAUAGGCAUUGAGCCUGCACUCAGAGCCCAGCUACCGAGUCACGCAGUCACUGAGGUCCAGGGGAGGAAGCGUAAGUUUCCUCCCCCGGGAGCUGGCGGUUGCCGGCAGAUGUGCGAUGUGUAGGAUGGACGCAGGAACCACAAGGGCAGAGGAGGAACCACGCUGUGCGGCCGGGCUCACGGAUAGGCCCUGGGGACAGGGCUGUUUUUCUCGCCAAGCGGGAGCGAGUGUAGUUUAAAGCUUCACACGCACACCUCUGGGAGCUGGCCAGCCUUUGUUUCUGCCACUUACAUUCUGGCAGGGUCCAGACUUCCCCUUUAUGGGCAAAACCACCUGGAGUGACUGGAGGUUAACGUUGUAUCUGGAUGUUGGGACAUGGAGCAGACACAGCCUGCAGCGAGUCCAGUGGAGAGGAAGCCGUGCUGUUCCCUGCUGCCCAUCGGCCAAAGAGAUCGUCCUCCAUGCCCUUGAACCCCGUCCUGCAGAGCUCCCUGGAGGAAGUAGAACUGCUCUACGAGUUCCUGCUAGCUGAGCUGGACAUCAGCCCCGACCUGCAGAUCUCCAUCAAGGACGAGGAGCUCGCCUCCCUAAGGAAGGCCUCUGACUUCCGCACCGUCUGCAAUGAUGUGAUCCCCAAGCGCAUCCCGGACAUCCGAAGGCUCAGCGCCAGCCUCGCCAGCCUCCCCGGCGUCCUGAAGAAAGAGGACUUUGAAAGGACAGCGCUGACCCUGGCCUAUGCGGCCUACCGCACAGCCCUGUCCCAAGGGCAUCAGAAGGACAUCUGGGCCCAGGCCCUCCUCAGCCUUUUCCAGGCCCUGAGGCAUGACCUGAUGCGGUCCUCAGGCUCCAGAGUGUCUGCCUGAGAGGCAGGCCCACACCAGGACCUCGGAGCAGGGCCCCGCACACACAGUAAUCCAGAAAUUCUUCAUUCUCUACACCAUUUAUAGAGGCCAGCAGCAAAACACAUGCCACCAGCUCAGAGUAGCAGAGAUAAAAUAAUUCAGCCCCAUGCUCUUUCCCCGUGGUAGCUUCCUGACAGGCGCAUCUGAUUCAUGUCAUAAGGUGACCUGGGCCGGAAGAAAGGGCUGGAGUGGUCAUUCAAGAUGCCUCCAGAGGCCGAACGGUUUGCCUGGUGACAUGCAGAGUCUAAGAGCUGCUUCCACCCUGAGUGACUGCCACAAACCCCCACGAGGGAGGACAGAGCUGGAGGAGACAUCAUAGAGGUUUGAGCAUGGUGGGAAAUGGGGGACAGAGUUCUUUGGUCCUAAGAGAUCAGGGUGCUGGGUUAAAUGCACAUUUUCUGAAGUCUCUGUAGUAAGAUACAACAAAGCUAGAGCGACAGCCAAAUAAGUACUUUGUUAGCCAAGGAUAGACUCUUCAAUUUUUCUAAAAGUCGCCGAGAAGAAUGAGUUAGAAAACUGGUAAUUGUCUGACCUGUAUGUCUUGACUCUUCUUAUGUGAGGGCUGGUCUACUACAAACAGGCAACACCUUGUCUUCUGAACAGGGAAGCCAAGCUAAUGCAGAGAGGUCCUGCUAGCAAAGAGGGGGCACCCGCGGCCUCGCCUUUCUGUCCUAACUCAGAUUACUUAGCAUCAUCAGAGACUCGGUGCUCCAAAUACAACUGAUUUUCAGAUGACAGAAUUUUACCCUUUCAAGGCCAGUUUUUCAUGUUAGCGAUACUGACUUGAUAUCUUUUGAAACUACGCAGAUGGAAUGCCUUAAGCUUUUAUUUAGUAGCUCUGAAACAUCCGAAGGAAGGAGUUGGAUAACUUAAUCUCUAAGGUUCUUCGACUCCUGACAUUUCCAGUCAUUUGUCUAACUGUGAGACAGUGCACGGGGACCCGCGAGGUCUGCUGGACUCUUGUGCCAGCCCGGCAGGUCCCAGGCUUGGCUAAUUCUGUCUCGGGGUGAGCUCUUCUGCUGCCUUCCUCGCUGUCAGGCCAGAAGAGUGCGCUUUUCUCUGUGACCAACAUCACUUGCUUUUUGCAUUUUGUUCUUUCGUAGCUUACAGCCACUAAAAAUCGGAUGGCUAGGCUUGUUAUACGUCUGCGCUAAGAGUUACUAGAUGAAGGCCUCUGCUGAGCGAAGCGCCUGGGUUCCAGUAAAGAGUCCCCACUGGCUCAGAGAUCGCUCUGCCCCCUCCCCCCCCGCCCCCCAGGUUUACAGCCUGGUCCUGGAGGCUAAUGUCCAAGCAGUCUGAUCUUUGAAUGAGUGAGGAUUCGUUGGGCUAAAUUUGAUUUUGAAAUGGGUAUUUAACAAUUGUCAUUUGAUGAUCACAAAAGCUGGUCUGGACUUCUUUAAAAUCGUUGAAUACGUGCGCUUUGCCUAGCAGCCCGAGCUGCGUGAUCUUUUUGGAGAAGUACUAGAAUGCAGGAAGAAGGUACCAGAGAAAAACAUAGCUUUGCAUCCUGAUGGUCUCAGACGCAGAAGAUAAUAACCCACGCCCCCUCCUUCUUGUUCUCUGAUGGCACUGCUCAUUUACCGCCCUCAAAUGCACACUGAGGACAAAUGCUUUUUUGUUCAUGUUUCCUCUUCCUAAUAUUAUCAGUUCUCUUUCACAUGCUCUGCUGGUCUCUUUUUUAAGUUUAGUUUGUGUCUCUGCAGCUCUCUCUUGGGCUUGAUUCUGAUUCUCUUUGCCCCCAUUUCUUGGAGCCGCUCCAGGUGCCCUGGGGUUGACAUUUGCACACUAUCUCGGCCGCCCGUAUCGUACCCUGAGCACCCUGGCUUUCGGCCUCCUUUGAUUAUCACUGUCUGAUGAAAACAAAGAUCAAAGUAGAGACAGGGGUGGGACUGCCCACAGGCAGGUUAGCCUCACAAUAUACCUUCACUGUACUUCUCCUUGAUGUGAGAUUUGAAGGGGGUUAGUAGAGGCCUCAGCCGCUAGACACUGUACAAUAACUACCCUGACCACCAGUCUUGCAUCCUAUGCUGGGACGCCACUCCAUCGGAAGGGGGUCUGGGAGCUUUCAGGCACCAGCUGGAAAGACCCACCGGUGGUCCCCUGGUUACCCUGUCAUGCUCUGCACGGCUGCUCCAAGUCGGGGGUCCGUGAGUGGGAGGAUGAUUCCCAGACCAGGGAGAGCAAUCAGUGGUGGUUCGUUCACCCUGUAACAAAAUAGUAAAGGCACUUCUGUAUUCAUGAAUUCGGGUCCAUGUUUGUGUGGCAAUACAGGACCGAAAAAAAUAGAAAAAGAAAAGUCAUGAGCUUUUUUAAAGACAAGUAAAUAUUCCAUUUUCAGUAACUAGAUACUUCAACAUUAUUUUAGUCUGAAUACAAAUUAGUUGUUUACCCACAGAAAAUUUUAUAACCAUGACUUCAUUUACAUCCAAAAUCAAAUGUUACACUCGUGACCGCCACCCCAAAACCCGUCUCUCUGCCCAAUGCACAAGAAAGUAGAAGACUGGACAGAAACGGAAUCUUCCAUUUGCCUCAUUAAUGCCACACUGUACACACCACAGUCACAACUGAGUCACAAUGUGUCACAUUUACUCGUAAACGGAACAGUUUGGGGUGUGAUGUUUGUAGUGGAAAUUUGAGGAUCUAGAAAUUCUGGAAGUUUCCUCCAUAGUUGGCAUCCUCACGGCUACCUCUGGUGCCACUCAAGAGACUUUGCAAAAUGUCUAUGUGCUGUCAUUGCUCUCUCGCCUCCCCUUGAUUCUAGCUGAAAGAGAAUCACAUAAGCGGCCAGUCAGAAGGUAUUUCCACAGGUAAACUGAUCUAAGAUCAAAUGCUUGUUAAAUGACUUUACAUGGCACCCCUUACUUUUCUAACCCUCUUUGAUGUCUUACUUUUUUUUUUAUUAUAGUAAAUAAAGACAAAAAACCACAACACAAAUUAACCAUCCGAACCAUUUUUAACUGUAGGGAGAUGUUAAAAAUUAACUAUAUGCACAUUGUUCUGUGACAGAUCUCUCGAACUUUUUCAUCCUGAAAAAAUGGUAUCUAUGGAACAAUAACUUCCCUUUUCCUGUCCCCCCCAGCCCCUGGCGACUACCAUUCCACGUUUUGUUUCUAAGAGUUUGACUACUUUCAAUACCUCAUAUAAGUGGUAUUUAUCUUACAUUUCUUAAGUGUUGUAUUCUGGAAAAUGCUUUCUGCGACUGAAAAAGUGGCUUGAGUUCUGAAGAACUACUGGUCUUACUGUGUCACUCACCUUACCUAAUUUUAUUUAACAAAUAUUCACUAUGGUGUAAUAAAUAAGUCAUGAUGGAGUUA